AUGAAAUCUCAUUUAGUUUUACUUCAUUAUUUUUCAAUUAUAAUAGUAAUAAGUAUUUACUUUUAUGGAUUUGAUCGAAUUUACAAAAAUAAAUUUAAACUUAAAUUUAUGAGGUAUAAGAAAAUACAAUGGAUAAGAAAUUUAGAAGAAUCUAGCGUCGAGGCGAAGGAACUUGAAGAUAAUUCAGAUAGUAAAUUAGUAUUGGAAAAGGAACUACUGAUUGGAAAGAAUUUUGAUAAAUCAAAAAUUUCAUUUUUAGAUUUAAUAAAUGUACUACUUCAAGAUUAUGAUGAAAGCUUGGAAAGAAAGAAAAAUUAUCUUAGUGAUAUGUAUAAUACCUUGAUCAGUUCCAACAGUGAAUUGUCUGGUUUUUUAGGUUUACUUUCUGAUUCCAAAAGUCAUAUAGAUCAGAUAUUUAAGGAUCCAAAUUCUUUUGGUGAAUUAGAAUCAGAAUUACGUAAAUUAGGUGAUGCAAAUGUGACUCUACAUAUUGAUGAGAAUGAUUCAUGUUUAUUAAUUGAUGGGAAAGAUGGGGGUGAGUAUUUAAAACAGUUAAAUUUUAAUAAAGAUAUUACUUUAAAAAUAGAAAAUUCUUUCGGUUAUUUUAAUAAAUUAAGUGAAAAGAAUGAUAUACUUCUCCCUAAACUUGAUAGUGUCUGGAAUUGUCAACUGCAUACUAGGAUAUAUUUAAGGAAAUUUAUGGACACAUUCCCUUUAAAAUAUUCGUAUGUAUACGGGAAAACGAUAAGAAGUUUUGGAGAUUCUUUUACUGAAUGUUUUAUUGUGAUGAAUAAUUUUUUAUUUCAAUUUCGUGAUCAUUUAUGUAAGGAUCAAAAAUGGGAUAAUUUAGAAUUUUUUAAUCGUUUAUUUAGUAAGCGUAAGGAAAAAAAUGUAAAAUUUUCUAAAAAGAUAGAUAUUACAUAUUUGAGUUCUUUAGUUAGUAAAUUUAAUGAAACAUUAGAUAAAUUAAUGGAGGAAAAAAUUAAUAAAUUAUUUAUGAGAAUAAAUGUUGAACCAAAUGAUGAAAUAAAAUGGAUGAUAGCUUUUAUUGUAUACGUACUUGAAACAGAUAGUUCUAAAAAUGAAUCUAUAUUAGAAGAUGUGGAAAGUUGGUACAAGGGAGAAUUUAAGAGUCCAAUUUUGGAUAAUAUACGUAAAUCAUUUUUACAAGAAAAAGAUGAUAUAAAAAAAUCUUUAGAUUCAUUUAAUGAAUAUGUACAAGCUAAAUAUAAUAUUAAUGUAAAUAGUGAAAGCAUUAGAUCAGCGGUAAAACGUCUUCGUAAUAUACCUUAUGAAGAAAUAAUUAAAGAAGUAUUUUGUGCCAUUGCAUAUUCAUUAUUGUGUAAGAAACAACUAAAUGAGUAUUUGAAAUUUAUAGAAUUAUUUAAAUCAAAAAAAAAAAAAUUUGUAUCCUUUAGACCUGGAAAUUUAAUGGAAAAAUUUUUGAAUAUUUAUGAAAAAAGUCGUUUUUUUAAUAAUCUGUAUAUUAGCGAUAUUGGUAUAAAUCGACUAUCAAGAGAAUUGUGGAAAAAUGCAAAAAAGUUCAGCGUCUUUAAACGUUUGGUACAUUUAUUAAAUAAAGAAUUAAUUAAGUUAGAAAGUACAAACUUUAGUUCUGGAAAAGAAUUAGUAAACAAAAAUGUAAUUUUAUUUUUACUUUAUAGUAUUAAAAAAUGCGAAGAUAUAUAUGAAAAAUAUAAUUUGUAUAAAAUAUCUUUAAAGACUGACCAGUAA